UGGCAGGAGCGGCUCACAUGCAGACGUUGUUCAGAGCAGCUGGUGGAGAGACGCUGUUGUGUAUCCACUGCUCAAAUUUGUCCACUUAAAUAGGAUUUUUGACACGCUUGAACGGAGGUCAGUUUAUUUAUUUUUACAGAGCUACAGAGCAGAAGAUUCCUCAAAAACCUUGGAGAAGAUAUGUCCCCGUUUCCACAGAAGAGUCAGUCUGUUCAGACUGACACUGGACACCAGUGACACUGGAGUGCUACAAUACAAAGCUGUUCUGUUUCUUACUCAAAUUGCUAGAUCAAGUAAAUCUACAAUUUUAAGCAGCUCAAAACAAGAACAUGGGGGAUCCAAACACCAGUCAUAUUGUAGCCGCCUCUGCUGAGAUGCAGGGCAGUCAGUUAGAUGACAAGUUGGAUCAGUAUAUGGACAGCUAUGACAUGGACUAUGGCAUCCCUCCUGAUGAGAUCCCAGACACAACGCAGGGCCAGGCCUUCUUUGUGGCCACCAUUGUCAUCGGUAUUGUCCUCGUGUGCAUCAUGCUUGUUUGUGGGCUGGGAAACUUCAUAUUUAUUGCCACACUGACGCGCUAUAAAAAGCUACGCAACCUCACCAACCUGCUGAUCGCAAACCUGGCCAUCUCUGACUUUAUUGUGGCGGUGGUGUGCUGCCCAUUUCUGGUGGACUACUACGUAGUAAAACAGCUUUCCUGGGAUCAUGGAUUGAUGUUGUGUGCCUCGGUAAACUACCUCCGCACCGUGUCACUUUAUGUGUCCACGAACGCACUGCUGGCAAUUGCAGUUGACAGGUACAUGGCCAUUGUCCAUCCUCUACAACCUCGCAUGAAGUAUCAAACUGCCUACUUCCUAAUAACAGGAGUCUGGAUUGUCCCCAUUUUGAUUUCAAUCCCAUCUGCCUACUUCGCAUCCGAGACCACAUACCCUCAUGGCGGCACCACCCCGAGCACUCACAAAGUUUUUUGUGCCCAGAUAUGGCCCGUGGACCAGCAGGCCUUCUAUCGGUCCUACUUCCUGUUUGUGUUUGCCGUGGAGUUUGUUGGGCCCGUAAUUGUCAUGGCAAUGUGCUACGCCCGCAUCUCCCGUGAGUUGUGGUUCAAGAGCGUCCCGGGUUUUCAGACAGAGCAGAUACGGAAAAGGCUGCGUUGUCGCCGCAAGACGGUUUUGGUCCUUAUUGCCAUUUUGACGGCGUACAUCCUGUGCUGGGCACCGUACUAUGGCUUCACCAUUCUGCGAGACUUUCAUCCAACAAUCAUCUCCCGCCAGAAAAACUCAUUGGUGGCUUUUUACAUCAUUGAGUGCAUUGCCAUGAGCAACAGCAUGAUUAAUACCUUGUGUUUUGUCAGUGUCAAGAAUAACACGGUUAAGUACCUGAAGAAGAUUGUUCUGCUGCGCUGGAGGUCAUCAUAUGUCCCGAGUAAAAAUGUGGAYGACAUUGAUUUAAGGACCUCCUCCAUGCCCAUAACAGAGGAAAUUGAAUGCAUUCACCUGAGGUGAGGACAAGAAGCUGUGGUAACAUAAUUGGUUAGGUUUUGACUGUUGAUACAGUACAGUUUGUCCAGUUGAUGACGAUUUGUACCUGGAGUUUUUCCUCACAUUCCAGAAAAAGCUCAGUUCUCAUAAUAUAUAAGGAAACCAAGGGAUAGCUUUGGCUCAAGGAAAAAAAAAAUAGAUAAUGUACGAUCAGACAUCCGUUUGUUAGAGAGUUUCAGUUCAUCUUUGCUGUUCAGUUUUUGAAAUGCAGAAUCAACUCCACAUUCCUCCCAGUUUGUUGAUCAGUUUGUAUAUACUAAAAACAUAAGUACUGUUUGUAUAAAGGUUUGCACAAACAAGCACGUACUCUAUGAGCAUGCAAAUUUUGUUUGCAGUACAAAACAUGUUUAAGGGAUCAAAACAAAAAUAGACUGUGUUGUUGAAUUUCAGUACUUGUGACAACUUAGUUGAACAGCCCUGACAUAAUGGCACGUCAUCAACAUUUUGACAUUUGACACAACAGGAUUUUGAUCAGCCAGCACUGCAAACAAAAAAAAGUUUCUCAUGGAUAUGUAAUUGUUGUAACAUUCACUCUGUGCUUAAUAUUGUAAAAAAAAAAAAGAGCAUUGCAAAGUUUUGGUGUACCUUUUUAAACCAAUUUGUGAUUUCCUGUAUGAACCCUGCAUAUUGCUCAUGUCAGCUUUGUUAAAAGCUGCUUUAAACAUGCUCCAAUAGAGGGCAAACUUGUUUUCUUUGAUUCCUCUGUGAAUAUCAAACAACUGAAAAUAACUGGUUAUUCGACAAAAAUGCUUUCUGUACUUUUUGUGAUUGUUUGUCCUUUGACAAAAAGAGUAAAAAACAUGUUUUCUUUGUAGAUCAGCAUAUGAUUUGUGCUUCUGUGGUAAUAAA